CCACCGCUCUUUGGCUUUCCGUCGCCCCUCGCCACCACGCGCGCGCGUUUCGUCGAACACCUCGCCGGCGACGGCAUGGCCGCCACCACCACCACCUCGCGCUCCGGCGGCGGCGGUGGCGUCGACGAAGACGAUCGGACGGCGGCGAUGCGACGGCUGGAGAUCCUGUCCCACCAUCUGCAGGGACCCUCUGGGGGUGAGGGGGAGGAGGGGCUGGCCCUCGCGGGGUGCGCGGGGAGGCGGCGAGUGGCCGCGGGGGGAGCGGACGCGGCGGCGGCGCUGUCGGCGUACCUGAGGGGGAGGCACCGGGACACGCAGGUGCGGGUGUUCGAGUUCUUCCUGUCGCGCCCCGACCUGCAGACGCCCGUGGAGAUGUCCACCGCGGAGCACCGGGACCUCUGCUUCCGGCAGCUGUGCGCGCUGGUGCGGGAGGCCGGGGUGCGCCCGCUCAGCCUCAUGGCAAACGACCCCGCCGAGUACUUCGCCGUCAUGGAGGCCGCCGGCGGCGUCGACAUCUCCCUCGGCGUCAAGUUCGGCGUCCAGUACAGCCUUUGGGGAGGUUCUAUAAUAAAUUUGGGAACCAAAAAGCACAGAGAUAAGUUCUUUGAGGGUAUCGACAAGUUGGAUUAUCCAGGCUGUUUUGCUAUGACAGAGCUGCAUCAUGGAUCUAAUGUCCAGGCCCUACAGACUACUGCUACAUUUGAUCCAGUUACUGAUGAGUUCAUUAUCAAUACACCCAAUGACGGAGCUAUUAAGUGGUGGAUUGGUAAUGCAGCACUUCAUGGAAAAUUCGCUACUGUUUUUGCAAGGUUAAUUUUGCCCCUCCAAGGAAAAGGUGGGGAACCUGCUGAUAUGGGCAUUCAUGCAUUCAUUGUUCCCAUACGGGACCUUGAAACCCAUGCUGUUCUUCCUGGAAUUGAGAUCAAUGAUUGUGGUCACAAGAUAGGCCUGAAUGGUGUGGACAAUGGUGCACUGAGGUUCCGUUCAGUGAGGAUACCUCGUGACAAUCUUCUGAACCGAUUUGGUGAUGUGUCACGAGAUGGAAAAUACACAAGCAGUCUACCAACAAUUAACAAAAGAUUUGCGGCAACCCUUGGUGAGCUUGUUGGGGGCCGUGUUGGUAUUGCGUAUAGUUCUGUAGGCGUACUCAAAGUUUCAGUGACCAUCGCUGUUAGGUAUGCUCUUCUCCGACAGCAAUUUGGUCCGCCUAAGAAACCUGAAAUCAGUGUGUUGGACUACCAAUCUCACCAGCAUAAACUAAUGCCCAUGUUGGCAUCAUCAUACGCAUUUCAUUUUGCCACACUGUACUUGGUGGAUAAAUACUCAGAAAUGAAGAAAACCAAUGAUGAGGAUGUUAUGGCUGAUGUCCAUGUUCUUUCAUCUGGUUUGAAAGCUUACAUAACUUCAUAUACAGCAAAAUCCAUUAGCGUAUGCCGAGAAUCAUGUGGUGGCCAUGGGUAUGCAGCUGUAAAUCGUUUUGGUGCUCUGCGCAAUGACCAUGAUAUAUUUCAAACAUUUGAAGGAGACAAUACAGUUCUUCUUCAGCAGGUUGCUGGAGAUCUCCUGAAGCAAUACCAGGAAAAAUUUAAGGGAGGGACAUUCUCAGCCACCUGGAACUACUUGAGGGACUCCAUGGGAACCUACCUGUCCCAGCCUAAUCCUGUCACUUCUCGAUGGGAAGGGGAAGACCAUCUACGGGAUCCCAACUUUCAGCUGGAUGCAUUCAGAUACCGAACAUCUCGAUUACUGCAUAGUGUUGCUGCUCGACUCCAGAAGCACAGCAAGACACUUGGAGGUUUUGGUGCGUGGAAUAGAUGUUUAAACCAUCUGCUCACACUUGCUGAGUCACACAUCGAGUCUGUCAUCCUUGCGAAAUUUAUAGAAGCAGUAAAAAGAUGCCCGGAUGAAAAAACACGGGAAUUAUUGAAACUGGUGUGCGACCUCUACGCGCUCGAUAGGAUCUGGAAAGACAUCGGAACCUAUCGGAAUGUAGACUAUGUUGCCCCAAACAAAGCCAAGGCAAUCCAUAAACUAGCAGACUACCUCAGUUACCAAGUGAGGCUUGUCGCUCAGGAACUCGUCGACGCAUUUGAUCUUCCAGAUCUCAUCAUCCGUGCCCCAAUAGGCAUGCAGUCUGAGGCCUAUGCUCAGUAUACCCAGCACGUUGGCUUCUAAAGUGUGAAGGAUAUAUAAUUACCAUACUGCCAAUCACCAAGAUACAUACAGCUAAACUUAUGUGUUAUUAUAGCAAAUGACAUCAAGUCACCAUGAAGGAUAUGAAUAAAGUUAAUAAUAGAGGGGCAAAUAAUGUAUAUUAGACAGUGGUCUCGUUGUGAAUAAAUUUUGUCAGACUGCAUUUUGGCACAAUUGCUGCGAGCCAAGUGCUUGAAUUGUUAAGAUAAAAAUUCCUUUUUCCUGAAA